AUGUUCACUAAAACCCGGGGUAAAAGACCUCAACACUUCGCAAGGGUAGAGGCAACGCUCUACAAGUGUCGCAUAGAGAAGGUUCACCAAGUGGCCAAUAUUACGAUGGAAAGGAUCAGCGCCGCUGCCCAAGGAUUGUCCCUGGUGUACGAUCUGUACGAACUCCCUGUGAUGGCCGACAAUAAAUUGGCAACCUCGAGAUACGACUUUUUCAAGGAUACGGGAGACGGAGUCACCUUGGAACCUAGCUUUACCGCCGACUUCAUUCGCAGAAAAAUCGAAUUUAUCGAGGAAUUUCGGAGACAGGUGGAGACCGAAAUCAGCGGAGCUGAGCUUCAAGAGCAAAGAGAGAACCACGUCAACGCCUUCGUUCAGGCUAAAGACGAAAUCGAGCAUCUCAAGCGUCAAUUCAAACAAUAA